CCCUGUAGCAGCAGGAGGAGGAGGAGCAGCUGGUGGGAUCGCUGCAUUGAGAGGAGUUUCCAGAGGAGGAGUGGAGCCCAGAGGCAGCAGCACAGGUGGUGUCAGUCGGCAGGAGGCCAACCAGGAGCAGAAGGAGAACGAGCCUCUCCUGCACCUGCACAAGGAGGAGAAGAAGGAGGCCGACCAGGACCGUCCCGCCGCUGCUCCCCGUGGCCUCCUCAGACACUGUGUGGACACCAGGGAGCGUGGUGAAGAGGAGCUGCGACAGAGGGAGGCUCAGCAGCUGGACUUCCGCUCGCUGCUGGGACGCCAAGCUUUUGACACCAAAAACAACCAGGGAGAGGAGCCAAGGGAGGCCGGCCUCACCGCUGCUGAGCACCACCACCACCAGAUGGAUUUUAAGGCCAACCUCAAGGGGGUCAAACCCAAGACGGAGGAGGAACGCAAGGUGAACUCCCCGCAGCAGGUAGAUUUCCGUGCUGUACUGGGUAAGAAGGGCACCAAUGGCAACAAACUAGCUGAGACACCUGAAAAGGACACCACCGACUUCAGGUCUGCUCUCGCCAACAAGAAGAAGCCUGCCAGCCCUGAGAAGAACGGGGAGAGUGGGAAGACAGCGGUGAACAACUGUGUGGACGGAGCGAUUAAUGAGAAGAGGAGCUGCGGAGGAGGGAAGGCACUGGAGUUUGUGGAGAAACUGAAUGAUGUGACAGUGGUGGACGGACAGCGCCUCCGGCUUCAGUGUCGAAUCGCUGCCUCCACCUCUGACCCCACAGAUGUCACCGUCACCUGGACACUGGACGGGAAGGUCAUCAAGCCGUCAAAGUUCAUCCUACUCGCCAACGAAGGAGGCCUGUGCUCUCUGACCAUAGACAAAGCUCUGCCGGAGGAUGAAGGUCAGUACAGGUGCAGAGUUGAAAGUUCAGCAGGACGAGCUGAGAGCUGCUGCAUGGUGCUGGUUGAUGACCCGACAGAAAACUCUCCUGCAGACAAGAAGUCGAAGAAGUCCACUCCGACCUCAGAGA